AUGCCCGCAAUUCCAGCUCGUAUCCUACGCGCCUGCACCGGUCGAUCUCUGUACAUGUCCACCACCACAUCACUCAAUUCCCAAACACGGAUCCGACUGGGCCAAAUGGAGUCCCAUCUCUCCACCAGCAGUAACAACAACACCACCAGUCCCAGUACUACUCCGCCCGGGACAAUGUCUCUUGCAGACUUGCCGAAAUCCAAUGUCUUCACCUCCAAAUUGCCGGCAGACCCGGCAUUCGAGACCCCCGAGGCUUCCCACAAAGCCCCGCGGCAGACGCUGGGCCCCCGCAUGGUGAAGGGCGCACUCUUCACCUAUGUCCGGCCGGAAGUCGUUGAGUCGCCGGAGUUGCUCGGCGUGAGUCCGAGGGCGAUGGCUGAUUUGGGCCUCAAGCCUGGCGAGGAACAGACCCCGUCUUUUCAGGCAUUGGUGGCGGGUAAUGAAUUCGCCUGGUCCGAGGAGAAGGGGGGUGUUUACCCGUGGGCGCAGUGCUAUGGAGGCUGGCAAUUUGGCUCAUGGGCGGGGCAAUUGGGAGACGGGCGGGCAAUCAGUCUCUUUGAAACCACUAACCCUCAGACCAAGAAGAGAUAUGAACUCCAACUAAAAGGAGCCGGAAAAACGCCCUAUUCACGGUUCGCCGACGGCAAGGCAGUCCUUCGCUCUAGCAUCCGUGAAUACAUCGUCUCAGAAGCCCUUAAUGCCUUAGGUGUGCCCACCACCCGCGCACUGUCCUUGACUCUACUUCCAAAAUCCCAGGUACUGCGCGAACGCCUCGAGCCCGGCGCCAUCGUCGCCCGAUUCGCCGAAAGCUGGCUACGAAUCGGCACAUUCGAUCUCCUCCGGGCCCGUGGUGAACGCGACCUGAUCCGGCAACUCUCCACCUUCAUCGCCGAAGAUGUCUUUGGCGGCUGGGAAACCCUACCCGCGGCAAUCUCAGUAGGUGAAGGACAGACAGCCGCCGAGAUGGACAAUCCACCCCGUGGCAUCAGCCGCGACGAAGUCCAGACCCAACAGGGCGUCGACGAGAAUCGAUUCGCGCGGUUAUACCGGGAGAUAGUGCGGCGGAAUGCAAAGACCGUGGCUGCAUGGCAAGCAUACGGGUUCAUGAACGGCGUGCUCAACACGGACAACACGUCUAUUUACGGGUUAUCUCUGGACUACGGUCCAUUCGCGUUCAUGGACAAUUUCGACCCGCAAUACACGCCGAACCACGACGACCAUAUGCUACGCUACUCGUACAAGAACCAACCCAGCAUUAUCUGGUGGAAUCUCGUUCGACUGGGCGAGUCACUAGGCGAACUCCUCGGCGCGGGCAAUAAAGUCGACGACGAGAAAUUCAUCAAAGACGGUGUCAGCGAAGACAUGGAAGCGGAACUAAUCAAACGAGCCGAAACGGUCAUCGAGCGAACGGGCGAAGAAUUCAAGACCGUUUUCCUGAACGAGUACAAGCGUUUGAUGUGUCGACGUCUAGGAUUGAAGACGGAACAAGAAUCUGAUUUCCAGAAACUUUUCUCCGAGAUGUUGGAUACACUUGAAGCGUUGGAAUUAGAUUUCAAUCAUUUCUUCCGUCGAUUGUCUAACUUGUCUCUGUCGGAGUUGGAUACCGAGGAGAAGCGGGUUGCUGCAGCAUCGGUGUUCUUCCAUGCCGAGGGUUUCGGGGGAAUUGGGUAUACCGAUGAAUCAGCCCGAGCUCGCAUUGCCAAAUGGCUGGAGAGCUGGCGUGCUCGUGUAAUCGAGGACUGGGGCAAUGAUGGAGAUAACGAGAGACAAACUACUAUGAAGGCCGUCAAUCCUAACUUCGUACCCCGAGGCUGGAUUCUAGACGAAGUCAUCGACAGAGUCGAGAAGAAGGGUGACCGGGCUCUUCUGGGACGAGUGAUGCAGAUGAGUCUGAACCCAUUCAAUGAGGAAUGGGGACUGAAUAAGGCCGAGGAAGAGCGAUUCUGCGGGGAUGUGCCCAAGUACAAGAGAGCUAUGAUGUGUAGCUGCAGUUCCUAA